UAUUUAAUAUUUUUGGGUUAAUGUGAUGUGCGCUGCACCCGGACCUGUGUGGUAGCGUGCGCGCACCCACUGCACAGCGACAAGAUGGCGGUCUCCGCCGGAUCAGGCGUGAAAGUUCCUCGUAACUUCCGGCUUCUGGAAGAGCUGGAGGAGGGUCAGAAAGGCGUUGGAGAUGGAACGGUCAGCUGGGGCCUGGAGGAUGACGAGGACAUGACCCUCACCAGGUGGAGAGGCAUGAUUAUAGGACCCCCACGGACUAUCUAUGAGAAUCGCAUGUACAGUUUAAGGGUGGAGUGCGGCCCGCGCUACCCCGAGACACCCCCCUUCGUUCGUUUCGUCACCAAGAUCAACCUGAACGGCGUGCACAACUCGUGUGUGUGGUGGACACGCGUGCAGUGUCGGCGUUGGCCAAGUGGCAGAACUCGUACAGCAUCCGAGUGGUGCUGCAGGAGCUGCGGAGACUCAUGAUGUGCAAAGAGAACAUGAAGCUACCGCAGCCGCCUGAGGGACAGAUCUACACCAACUAAACACACACACACACACACUUAGACAUACACACACACACACUUAGACAUACACACACACUUAGACAGACACACACACACACACUUAGACACACUUACAUACAUACACACACAUACUUAUACACACACACAAUUAUAUACACAGACAUAAACACAUACUCCCACACAUACACACACUCUCUUGUCCCUAUCAAUCACAUCUGUCUGUCAAUCUCUCUGUCUGUCUGGCACUUUCUCUCUACCUCUCAGUUUUCCUCUCUCUGCCUCUCUUUCUCCUUCCUCUCUCUGCCUCUUGUUUUUUUCUCUCUCUGCCUACCUCUAUCUCUGAUGCUCUUCCUACAUCAGCUGCUACCCGCCCCCCAUCCUUCCUCUCUCUCUCCCUGUCUAUCUGUCUGUCUCCCUGCAUCCCUCCCUCUCUCUCCCUCCCUCCCUCUCUCUCCCUGUCUGUCUGUCUCCCUGCAUCCCUCUCUCUCUCUCUCUCUCUCUCUUCGCUCUCUCUUUCUUUCUCUCUUAUCCAGUCUGUCUCUCAUUUAUCCCCCCAUCUCAUUCCUUCAGCCAUCAGUUUAGCUUUCUGUCAGUCCAACAGUAUACACACAUACAAACACAACACACACACACACAAUGACAUGACAUGAGAAGCAUACAUACAGUUGCAAACACACUCAUACAAACACUUGAAUCUACACACACUCCUCACAUCAGGCCCCGCCUCACGCCCUGUCCCUCCUCCCCCUUUUCCAUCACUGGAGCUCUGAUUGGACCACAGACGCCCUGGAGGGCGGCGCCAUCAGCCACUUCUGUUCUCUCCAUCGGAAUACUGUACCCUUCCUGAUCUUUUUUUAUUAUUAUUAUUAUUUGUUAUAAAUGCAGAUUGUACGAUAGCAUAAAUAAACUUAUUGAGUGUA